UUCGAGUAAUUCAACGAACUCUACGUCUUGUAGGAACUAAGAUAAGUUACUUUACUCAUGAUUCGCUCUUUUAAACGAUUCUUUUUAAAUUCAGAAGAGCUUCCUCGUGAGGCCUCGUCCUCCCUUUUGAUAACUCUUUUUCCUCAAUGCUUCAUCAGCUCUUCCGGUAAUGGAUUUCAGCGAGAACCUACUCAAGUAGCAGUUCAUGUUCAAGGAUGGGUUCGAGAGGAUCCUAAUGGAACCCCAUUUGGUCGUAAAGACCGAGUUAUGUUAAGUCUUCUUCGUCGUUAUGUUGGUCUUCCUCCUCAGGAAACUGUUGAUUCGAAUUUAAGUCUUCCAGAAGGAAUCGCAUCCAUGAAUGCAACGCCUUCAGUGGAACAUAUAAAAAAGUCCAGGGAAAGUAAAGGACAUUCGCAGAGUGAACCCAAUUUAAGAUACUGUGAACAAGAAACGGAAAAUGUCUCCACGGGUCAAUCCAAUACCUCUGCUCGAUCUUAUUAUAGUCUGUCCAGCUUUGUUCAAAAGUUCAUGAUCCCUUCAAAGGAGAGCAGUUAUAUUUCGUCUAUAGGAUUAAAGCAGUGUGAGCAUAAUUUCAUGACACGCUCAACGUAUUUGUUGAGCCGUCCGGUUAAAAACAAAACCGUUUUGGUUCGGAUUUAUUCUACAGAUGACAACUUUCAGGAACAUUGCGUAGCUGAAUUCAAAGCGAUAACUGACCCAAAUGGAUACUUUAUAUUAAAAGAGGCAAUUCCGUACUUUAAAACGAGAAACAAUAAAUUUUCAGUGGAAGCCAUUGCCAUUCGUUCUUUUGCAACGUCGGAACAAGCUCGCGCUGUAUUGAAUGAGGUUCCCAUUCUGAGUCGUACAGGUGUUUCAGUCAUUUCUGAUAUAGAUGACACAGUAAAAAAUACGAGGGUAGUUGAGGGACCAAAGAAAGUUGCAGAAAAUACGCUCUUGGCACCUUUGACAAAUCAAUACAUAGAAGGCGUUUCCGACUGGCUCCGUAUUGUGACAAAUUUAGGCGCUACUUUACACUUUGUAAGCAAUUCCCCCUGGCAGCUUUGGCCUAUGAUCUCUGAAUUUUUUGAUACCGAUAAUAUACCAUUCGUCUCUUCGUUGCAGUUAAGGCAUUUUAGCAGUGUUAUACAAAACCUAGUUGAGCCUGCUGCUCAACGCAAGCGUGCAGGUCUUAUACAUACAAUUCGAAACCUUGGCGAUAGGAAGGUACUUUUGAUUGGUGACAACGGAGAACAAGAUUUAGAAAUCUAUGCUGAAAUUGCGACGUGUUUCCCCGAUCGGGUGCUAGGUAUCUUCAUCCGCGACGUGAAAUCCGACUUUCAUGCUAAUGUGCAACCAAAAGGUACCAACGACACAUCUCAUCUGAAUACUAUUGCAACUACUGCACCAACUGGAAAAUCAGGCGAGCAUACUGCUAAUGAGUCACUAAAUACAAAGCCGAAAGACGUGGAUAAUGAACAGGCUUCAGAGUACUAUCAACUAGAACAGGAGCAAGGAACCGAGCCUUCAACAUUUCAAUUGCAUCGCUAUUAUACGUACCGUAUCUUCGUUGAGGAUAAAAAAGCAGGAUUUCGAAAACCCAAAACACAAGUAGAGCACGCAGUGACAAGGUUGCCAAAUGUUCAUUACCUUACACCGUAUUCCAGUAUCAAGUACUCAAACAAUGACAUUCAGGACUGGUAUAUUCAGUUGGCACGUGCUCGAGGGCAGGUCGCACAAAAUAUACCUAUUGUUAUGUGGAGAAAGGGCGAGGAGUGCAUUUCAUUCACAAAAAUGCUAAUUGAUGAGCAUUUAUAAGCUAAGAAUUUAGCUGUCCUGUUUUGGCAAAGACGAUUGCAAUGUUUUGUUAGAAUAUGGAAGGGAAAUUUAAAAAAAGAAGGGAAAGUAAUAUGUUUAUAUUUGAUGACCAUCUCGUAAACGAAACGGACUUUAUUGCAAGAAAUAAUGAUUGAUGUUUGAAACGAAUUAUUAUAUCAUGUAAUUUUAUAGUGUGAUUUUAUUUAUAGAUAAAUAAAUUAUCUACUUGAAAGCUACCAAGGGAAAAUAUAAAACUAAAAGGGAUUUUAGUUCAGCA